AUGCCCCAAGGAUACCCCAAGGAUACCACCCAGGAACGCCCCGAAGCAAGGUGUAUGCCCAAGGACAACUUCCAAGGAUACUCACCAAGGGUGAUCAAGAAAGGACAAAACGGGAUCGGGCAAAAGGAAGGCGCGCAACCGGAGCGGACCCGCGACGAGGACUCCGCACCAGAACCCGUGGUGAGCUCCGACAGCGACGUGGAGGUGGUCGGCGAUCCCGCCGUCGAAGAAAGAGAAUGGCGGCUCCGGAAAGCGGCGGCGGGUGAUCGGAUACCGCGCGGGACGACGGACGUCGGAGGAGCGGAACUCCCGAGGGGCCACGCCGGGGAUGUUUGUCGAGCCACCGAGGAGACUCGGAAACGGUUCCGGGACCGGGAGCCGGCGGUCGAGGAGCAGCAGCGGUACGCGGCCGAGGAGCCCAGUCCGAGGAGCGAGGAUGGGGCCGAGCCAUGCGCGCCAUCCCCUCCGCGGUGGUUGCCGGAGGUGCCACCCACUCCCCGCUACGAAGGGGAGUGGCUCACGGAGGAAGCCCGAGAGAGCGACGGAGGAGACCCGUUGGCCACGCCGCCGUGGAGGCCGGCCCGGCCACCCACGCCGCGAUACACCGAGCCACAGCGACCGGAGGAGCGAACGCAAACCGAGGAGUCGACCGCGCAGCCGAUACCACAACCGCAGGAGGAGGCAGUCCACCAGGCACAGGCGCAGGAGCCGUCGGUGGUGCGGACGGAAGUACCGGAUGCGCACGUGAGCCACAGCACGCGGGCGUUCGUGGCCGAGGGCGUGCGGUGGCGACAGCAGACGCUGGUAUGGACGUGGCCCGAGGGGCCCGCGACGGUACCGACGAAGGAGGAGCCCAGGAUAUGGGAGGAGGGGGUACCCAAGCCACGUGGCCUCCCACGAAGCCGUCAAGCGCAUAUCACGCCCCGAGCAGCGCCCUCAGCGACAGCAGCGCCCAGUCGCGCCCACAGCAGCGCCAACCGCGCCGGACACGUGGUCACCAGCCACACAACGAGCGUCACCCGCGUUAUCAACAGCGCAGACCCAGCAGCGUCCCGCGCCGUACAGUGCCACCCACGUGACCAUCAGGUGCCCACAGAGCGGCCACCUCGCCCUCCACAGCGCCCAACGAGCGCCCUCCACAGCGCCCAACGAGCGCCCAUCGAGCGUCAUCAGUGCCCACCGUGGCCAACAGCAGUGCCCUCAGCGGCAUCCGCGCCCAACGCAAAGCCCUACGAGCGGCUACCAUCAAGCAGGGCAACAGCAGUGCCAACCGAGCGCUCACCACACCGAUCAGCGCUGCCGCGCGUCAGUCGCGCCACGGGAAGCGCCCACCCACGUGUUCAUCAGGAGCGCUCACCGCGCUCACCGAGCGCCAUCCGGAGCGCCAGCCUCAGCAGCGCCCACCGAGCGGCUUCCGCGCCCUCAGUAGCGUUCAGCGCCCACCAGCAGCGCCCAUCGAGCGGCGUUAGUGCCCAACAGGCGCCCUCAGCAGCGCCAACCGAGCGCCAAUCACCGCGCCCACAGCAGCGCCCAGCCGCGCCCUCAGCAGCGCAGCCGCUCACCAGCCGCACUCACCGAGCGCCAACGGGAGCGCCAGCCGCAACCACAUCGGUCAGCCACUGCCGCACGUCAGCAGCACCUGCCGUGCGCCCGCCGCAUCACGCCCCUGGUAGCGCCCAGCGCCCAGUCACGCCACUAGGAGCGCUCACCGAGUGA